AUGAAGAGCUUUCUGCUGAUCUUGGCUCUGCAUGCCUCUAUCUCCUAUACUCAUCCAGUUACCCAUGGCACAGCUCUUGAAAAGCCGCUCUUGUUGGCAAAGUCUUACCUGACAAAAUUUUAUGACCUUAAAAUGGAAGAAGUGCUUUUGAAUAAAGUCAAAGGCAAUGACCCUGUAGUGGAGAAGAUUGAGGAAAUGCAGAGGUUCUUUGGGUUGAAGGUGACAGGAACACUAGACUCUGCUACUUUGGAGAUGAUGCAAAAACCUCGAUGUGGAGUUCCUGAUGUGCACUCGUUUAGUGUAUUUCCAAAUCGACCAACAUGGAAGAAACACGAUCUGACCUACAGAAUAAUGAACUAUACCCCUGACAUGACCACAGCUGAAGUGGACUAUGCCAUCGAGAAAGCUUUUAAAGUAUGGAGCAAUGUAACCCCCCUGACAUUCAAAAGGAUUUACACAGAAGAAGCAGAUAUAAUGAUAUCUUUUGCAUCUGGAGUUCAUGGUGACUUUUAUCCUUUUGAUGGCCCUGAUGGCACCUUGGCUCAUGCCUAUGCUCCUGGCUCUGGUGUGGGAGGAGAUGCUCACUUUGAUGAGGAUGAAUUUUGGACAGCAGGCACAAGAGGAUAUAACUUGUUCCUUGUUGCUGCUCAUGAAUUUGGCCAUUCUCUGGGUCUUGAUCAUUCUAGGGAUCCACAAGCCUUAAUGUAUCCCAACUACAAGAGCGUUGACCCUAGGGAAUUCCAACUUUCUCAGGAUGAUAUCAAAGGCAUUCAGACCCUUUAUGGAGGUCCAGUGAUUCAUCCUUCUAAGUCACCAGAAUCACCCUCCAAACCCACCACAAAGCCAAACAUCUGCAGUCCCUACAUGACGUUUGAUGCUGUUACUACACUCCGGGGAGAAAUCAUUUUCUUUAAAGACAGGUUCCUAGGACGGAAACAUCCCCAGAUCCCACAAGCGAGCGUUGAUUUGCUUUCCUUAUUCUGGCCAUCCCUACCAUCUGGUAUUCAGGCUGCCUAUGAAGUCGAAUCUAAGGAUCAAGUUUUCCUUUUUAAAGACAACAAGUACUGGAUAGUCAGUGGAGUGGACCUCCUAACACCAUACCCCAGGAACAUCUAUACUCUGGGCUUCCCAAACUACGUGAAAAAAGUUGAUGCAGCUGUUCAUAACCCCUUUACUGGAAAAACUUAUUUCUUUGUAGAUAAUAAUUACUGGAGAUAUGAUGAGAGAAGUCAAUCAAUGGACAAGGGUUAUCCAAGACAGACUGCUAAAGCAUUUCCAGGAAUUGGACCUAAAGUGGACGCUGCCAUUUACCACAACGGACACUACUAUUUUUUCCAAGGAGCCAAGCAACUUGAAUAUGAUGUCUUUUUGAACCGUGUUACUCAAGUUCUGAAGAGCAACAGCUGGUUUGGUUGUUAG